AUGAGGUUGACUAUCGGUGCUUUACAAUCCAGAAUGGUGGAGACUGAGAAAUUUGCCAAAUGGCUUCUUGAUAUUGGGGAGGGUAAAGUUGGAGGUGACAACGAUGGCGUUGCAAUUGUAGAAAUACCUUCUGAUCUUCUAAUUACAGAUUCUUCGGAUCCCAUUGAAAGUUUGAUUCAAUUUGUAUAUCCAUCUGUUUUAGAAAGAUAUAUGGAUCUAGAUUAUUUUUCUGAAAGAGCGAUUCUGACACCCAAAAAUGAGGUCGUACAUGAAAUAAAUGAUCGAUUGUUAGAGUUGUUUCCUGGUGAACCAGUAGAGUACCUAAGCUCUGAUACUAUAUGUGAAACGGAAAAAGGUAUUUAUUCCUUCCAGCAAGAGUUGUAUUCACCUGAUGUUUUGAAUGGUUUAAAGAUAUCUGGUUUACCAAAUCAUUGUCUGGUUCUAAAAGUUGGUGUUCCUAUUAUGCUUCUUAGGAACAUUGACCAACAGAAUGGAUUAUGUAAUGGUACAAGGUUAAAAGUUACAUAUCUUGGAAAGAGGGUUAUGGAAGGUGAAAUUAUAUCAGGUGCUAAUGUUGGAACUAGAACGUUCAUUCCAAGAAUUAGCAUGAUUCCAUCCGACAAAAAAGUACCUUUUGCUUUUCAAAGACGACAAUUUCCUGUUGCUGUGUGUUUUGCUAUGACAAUCAACAAGAGUCAAGGCCAGUCUUUGUCUAAGGUUGGUCUUUAUUUAAAAGAACCAGUUUUCACACAUGGGCAGUUAUAUGUAGCAUUAUCAAGAGUUAAAUCAAGACAAGGGGUGAAGAUAUUAAUUCUUGAUAAGGAUGGGAAACCUACUAAUACAACAACCAAUGUUGUUUAUAAAGAAGUGUUCACUCACCUUUGA